UGUCUUAUUAUUACACAAAACCAGCUUCCUUGUCCAUCCUGCGCCUCUAUAAGCCACCUUGCUGGUCAAACAAUCAAGCUCACUCCAUAAUUCUUCGAUCAGCCAUGGCUUGUGCAAGCUUCGCCAAGCUCAAUGCUUUGUCUUCCCAAUGGAUCGGCCAGAAGUCAUUCUCUAUUCGCCAAGGAUCGUCGUCGUCGACUCGCAGGGUCUCCGUCUCGAUCCGCGCCUCCGCUUAUUCCGACGAACUUGUCCAAACCGCUAAAUCUAUUGCAUCGCCUGGCCGCGGAAUCCUUGCUAUUGAUGAGUCAAAUGCAACAUGUGGGAAGAGGUUAGCAUCCAUUGGAUUGGACAAUACUGAGGCCAACCGCCAGGCUUAUAGACAACUUUUACUGACCACACCUGGCCUUGGAGAGUACAUCUCUGGUGCCAUUCUUUUUGAAGAAACCCUUUACCAGUCAACAACAGACGGAAAGAAGUUUGUGGAUUGCCUUUGUGAGGAAAAGAUUGUACCUGGCAUCAAAGUUGACAAGGGUUUGGUCCCAUUACCAGGAUCAAACAAUGAAUCAUGGUGCCAAGGUUUAGAUGGAUUGGCUUCAAGAUCUUCUGAAUACUACAAGCAGGGUGCAAGAUUUGCAAAAUGGAGGACAGUUGUUAGCAUUCCAUGCGGUCCUUCUGCAUUAGCUGUUAAGGAAGCUGCAUGGGGACUUGCACGUUAUGCUGCUAUCUCUCAGGACAAUGGCCUUGUUCCAAUUGUAGAGCCUGAAAUUCUUCUUGAUGGGGACCACCCAAUUGAGAGAACACUGGAGGUGGCAGAAAAGGUCUGGGCUGAGGUGUUCUAUUACUUGGCUGAAAACAAUGUUAUUUUUGAAGGAAUUUUGCUCAAACCAAGUAUGGUGACACCUGGUGCUGAGCACAAGGAAAAGGCUUGUCCGGAGACCAUUGCUAAGCAUACACUCGCAAUGCUUAAAAGAAGAGUCCCCCCUGCAGUUCCUGGAAUCAUGUUUCUGUCUGGUGGACAAUCUGAAGUGGAGGCAACACUAAAUCUUAAUGCAAUGAACCAAAGUCCCAACCCAUGGCAUGUCUCCUUCUCAUAUGCACGUGCACUUCAGAACACCGUGCUUAAGACAUGGCAAGGGCGUCCUGAAAACGUGGAAGCUGCUCAGAAGGCUCUCCUGGUGCGUGCAAAAGCAAACUCCUUGGCUCAGCUUGGAAGAUACUCUGCUGAGGGUGAAAGUGAGGAAGCCAAGAAAGGAAUGUUUAUUAAGGGCUAUACUUACUAGAAGUUUAAGGUAUACUGCACUUUUGGUCUCACUGCAUCCUAUCUGUCAAUUAUUUUUGCUCUACUAUGUUAGCAGUAAAUGCUAAAGAAACGUAGGUGUAUUGUAUUUUUGUACUGGGUUUUCCUUUUCCUUUUCCUUUUUUAUUUCAACCUUUCUGGCAACUGAGUUGAAUAAAAUUUGUGAGGAGGCUUUUCCA